AUGUGUUUUUCAUUGUCAAAUGAUCAGAAAGAUACGCGAUUGUUUUGUUUAUUUCUUUUUUUCUUCUUUCUUCCCAUUUUUCUUACCAACAUGGAUUUUCCCCGAUUCAAACAUUUCACCAUUCCCAUCCUUCCUUUCUCCCUCUAUCCUUAUUUACUCCUCUCCUUCAUUCCCUCCCCUCGUUCCUUCUUUUCUUCCUCCUUUUCUUUUUUCUUUCCUUCCUUCUUCCCUUCACCCUUUCCUUCCUUCCUUCUUUCUCUGCUUCCUUCCUUCCCUGCUUCCUUCCUCCCCUGCUUCCUUCCUUCCCUCCUUUCUUCCUUCCUUCCUUCCUUCCUUACUUACUUACCUCCUUCCUCCCUUCUCUCCUUCCUUCCUUCUUUCUCGCCUUGCUUCCUUUCUUUCCCUACCUUCUUCCUCCCUUCCUUCUUUCCUUCCUUCCUUCUAACUUUCCUUCCUUUCUUUCUCUACCUUCUUCCUUCCUUCUUUCCUUCCUUCCUUCCUUCUCCCCUUCCUUACUUUCUUUCUCUACCUUCUUCCUUCCUACCUUCCUUCUCUGCUUCCUUCCUUCCCUGCUUCCUUCCUUCCUUCCUUCCUUCCUUCCUUCCUUCCUUCCUUCCUUCUCGCCUUCUUUCCUUUCUUUCCCUACCUUCUUCCUUCCUUCCUUCUUUAUCGCCUUCCUUCCUUUCUUUCCCUACCUUCUCGCCUUCCUUCCUUCUCGCCUUGCUUGCUUCCUUCCUUCCUUCCUUCCUUCCUUCCUUCUCGCCUUCCUUCCUUUCUUUCCCUGCCUUCUUCCUUCCUUCCUUCCUUCCUUCCUUCCUUCCUUCCUUCCUUCCUUCUAGCCUUCCUUUCUUCCUUCUCGCCUUCCUUCCUUUCUUUCCCUACCUUCUUCCUUCCUUCCUUCCUUCCUUCCUUCCUUCCUUCCUUCCUUCCUUCCUUCCUUCCCUGCUUCCUUCCUUACUUACUUACUUCCUUCCUCCCUUCUCGCCUUCCUUCCUUCUUUCUCUCCUUCCUUCCUUCCUUCCUUCCUUCCUUCCUUCCUUCCUUCCUUUUGCCUUUCUAAUUUUUCUUACCUGCUUUAUAAUUAAUUAUAAAUUAAUUUCUCAUUUUGAAAAAUUUUCUUUUUUAUCCUUUUUUAUUUCUAUGUAUUCUUUCUUUUUUUCUUUUUUCUUUCUUUCUUUCUUUCUUUCUAGUUUUCUUUCUUUCUGUCUUCUUAUACUUUACCUUUUCUUUUUAUUUCUCGCCGUUGUUAUCUUUCUUACUUUUUUCAUCAUUUUCAUGCUUCACACCUUUUACUUCUGUCUUCCUCUCCUUUUCUUUCUAAGCAUUGUUCUUCUAUUCUCUCUAUCUCACGUUUUCCUCAUUGUAACAUUUUUCCCACCUUUUCCCUUUCUCUUUAUUCUUCUAUAUUUUUCCUUCUCUUUCUUCUUUUCUUUCGCUUUUGUUCUUUCCCAAUGUUUAUCAUUUCAUUUAUUUUUCUUUUAUCAUUAUUUCUAUUCAUUAAUUUUUAAACCAUCUCCUAUAUUCUUUAUCGUCUUUUUUUCUUUUUUCUUGCUUUCUUUCUUUUUCAAUCCGGUCUUCGUUUUUUCUUUCGUCCACCCGUUCUUUUCUUCUUCUUUCUUACUUUCGUUCUUCUUCAAUCAGAUCUUCUUUUUCUCGUCCUUUCUUUCUUUCUUUCUUUCUUUCUUUCUUUCUUUCUUUCUUUCUUCUUCGAUUCAGUUUUCGUUUUCUCGUUCGUUCAUUCUUCUUCUUACUUUUUUUCUUUCUUUGAUACUGUUUUCGAUUUUUCGUUCAGUCGUUCUUCCUUUUUCUUUUUCUUCUUCUUCUUCUUCUUCUUUGUCUUCUUCUUCUUCUUCACUUCGAGCCGGUCUUCUUUUCUCAAUCCUUCUUCUUCUUCUUCUUCUUCUUCUUCUUGAUCCGUUUCUCGUUCGUUCGUUCGUUCUCUUGUUGUUGUUGUUGUUGUUGUUGUUCUUCUUCUUCUUCUUCUUCUUCUUCUUCUUCUUCUUCUUCUUCUUCUUCUUCUUCUUCACUUUGAGCCGGUCUUCGUUUUCUCUUUUCUCAAUCCUUCUUCUUCUUCUUCUUCUUCUUCUUCUUCUUCUUCUUCUUCUUCUUCUUCUUCUUGAUCCGUUUCUCGUUCGUUCGUUCUCUUGUUGUUGUUGUUGUUCUUCUUCUUCUUCUUCUUGA